GGUUCGGUUUAAUGGCCUUCAGAGGGCGGGGUCGGGGGCGUGGUAGAUAUGGCGCUCCACAGGCUAAGCAAGACCCAUUUGAACUUUUCCCUGAAGUUGAGAGCUUGGGUAAUGCAGCAAGUGUCACUGAAAGGAUAAAUUUGGCAAUUUGGCACUCAAAGUUACAGAAGUAUUGGAACUCCUCUCCUUACUAUUUGGAAGAGGAAAGUGAUGUUUUGAAGAAAACGAAAGGAAUGGAUAUACAAAGGUUCUCAGAUAGGACCUCGGAGAGGGCCAAGUCAAAGCCACCAUUGGCGCACUUCAUAAGGAUGGAUCCUACCUAUGUUCCUGCAGAACUAGCUAAAGGUGGAAGAGGGGAGAAACAUGCUGCAAAAAGAGUGCGUUGGAAUGCAGAGUCAGACAAUAAAAAAUUGGAUCUUCUUGAGAAGCUUGAUCAAAAGUCUAAGGACGAGGGUGAAAAGAAAAAGGAUGGUGAAGACGAGGAGGAAGAACAAGAGGAGAAGAUUGAAGAGGAAGAAGAAGAAUUUAGCGAUGAUGGAGACUACAAUCAGAAUCUUUAUGAUUACGAUGACGACGAAGACGACUACAACAUGAAUGAAGAUAAUAAUGAUGAAGCCAUGUAUUGAAGGUUGCUUGGUGGAAUGGUUUUUGCUUGCCUUUGGAAAUUUUUUACAGAGACGGAAUUCUUUAAUUAAUGUUAUUGGACUUCUAGAAAGCUUAGCUCACCCAAAGGCAUUGUAAAUUAGCAACAGCUAUUUAAUAGUGGAAAAUCAAGAAAGAAUAUUUUCUUGGUGCGUCUCAGAGAGGUUCGCUUUGGAUUAUUAACAGAUCAACAAACUAGCGAUCUAUGUAUAUGUUUAGGCCGAAAAUGCACCUGGACCUUCAGUUUCGACCAUGGCCAUGGUUUGCCUAGAUGGUCUUUUUGAUCAUCUUCUUCCCUGUUCUUUAAUGCAGGAACUCCGUCCCUUUUUUGUUUUGUUUGUGUGGUGAUGUUGGUUCAGGUGUUCCUGCUUUUUUGAAGUUACCCUUGAAUCAGAUUUAUACUCAUGUCUGAUGGAAAUUGGUUUAUGCAGUUA